AUGGACGAAGUAUUAGAUCAAUUAAAUAAAACUAGUUUUAUUGACCUGUAUAAGCAAAAGGGGGAUAAUCAAGAGCAGAGGAGAAAAGAUCUUCUUGAUGCUCAGAAAUCACUGCGGAACAAUUUAGUGGACACAUGUAGAGGAAUAUUGGCAUUAGUAGAUGCAGCAGAAAAUAAUGACUGCUUUCAAGAAAAAAAGGCUUUGUAUAAACCAAAGAUCUUUGUAGCUGGUUUCACGCGGUGUGCGUACAGCAAUGUUCUAAUGUUGUCCGAGUGGAUGGUUGAACAACCAGAAGAUUUCCACGAAAAUUGGUAUGUGGUACCAUGUCCGAAAGGAGUUAGGACACUUGUUGUGGCUAAUAGAGGUACAACAAAACUAUAUUCAAAGUAUGGUCAGUUUAGGGGUGAAUACAAAACAGCAUUGCCUGGUGGUUCUGGAGCGUUGAAGAACCGAUGCUGUAUCCUGGACUGUUUUCAGCCUGAAAACUCAAAUAUUAUGUAUGUUUUGGACCUACUGGCUUGGAAUACUCAGCCAAUGACUGACGGAGAGACAGAAUUUAGACACUUUUGGAUGGAAAGCCAAUUCCGUGAUAUACCGGAAUUGGAGAGGAUAUCUAAGAAAAAUAAAUUAAUAUUCAAAAUAUUACCAAAGGUAUUGUGCACUCGGGAGAAUUUUAAUGAAUUCAUGAUGAAAGCACCACACUUUCCAAACUUCAACCCACCACUGGAUGGUCUGCUGUUCUACCAUAAGUUUGCUCAUUAUUACUCUGGGGAAACACCACUGGUCGGCUGGAUCUACCCUUAUAUGGUGCCAGAAGUUUUUGGAAAAGAUAUACAAAUAAAUCCAGUCUACAACUUGGAGAAACCUGUUAACUACGUGAAUCAAGCGGAGUUCAUAGCUCGUUUUAAUGAGACGUAUAAAAAAAGGACAAAGAAUCUUCGAAAUUCUGAACUACCAAUGGAAACUGCGCCUUCUUUACCUACGUCUGAAAAGGAAAAUGACAAUACAAAGUCUGAACCCCAACCAAUGGACGAAUUAGCCCCAACAGAAAAGAGUGCAUCUGAAUGUGAAUCUAAUAUGGAGUAA